CGAACGGGUCUGUUGUGUGUGGUCGUAUGUGCAUUUUUCAAUCUUUUAUCUCGCUUGCUUUCUUUAGCGGUGUUAGUAUUUUUACCGCUGAAGCUGACGCCGUUGAAUCGGUUGAACAUGCGGUUGAAGGCACAACCCAGCUGUUGUAGCGGUAAAGUUAACGAGUUCUGGCACAACCUGUGGCGUAACAGUUUAUAUAGGUGUUCUGUGGCAUUACAGUAAGCGGAACACCUACAACUUACAACCAACGCAAGGUACCAACGUUCCUUAUUUGCGACAACCAGCCGAGGCGGCGCCCGGCACUUUGCUGCGCUGUCAGUAAACGCUUAUAUCGUGCGCGACUGGAGAUGGCGUACGCCGAAGUGGCUCCGCUACUAAGAAAUGCUUCCAGCGGAAAUUACUCGUCGAUGUAUCCGUCAGCUCCUGCAAGAGAAUCCCCACCUCCAUCAUAUGAUGAUGUCAGUUUUAUACCAUCCAGAGUAAAGGCAUGUGAUGUUUGCAGCUACCAGAUUGACAUAUUAAAGCAUGUCAAUGAUUAUGUGGUUCCAUGUCCUCGCUGCAACGAAUUUACAGCUUUAGGGAACCCCCCGAAGGGAAAACGGUACAUACGGUGUGGUUGCAACAAGCUUUUGCAGUGUGUCAAAAGUGCAACCAGCAUAACAUGCUCAAGACCGGGAUGUGGUGCAGUCAUAAAGCCCGAAGGUUAUCCAGCAGCGAAGGCAAAAACACAGCGGCCAGGAAAUCGGACGGGAGAAGAAUUGACAGAACCACAUGCAGAGCCUUCAUACAGAUUUGUUUGUGGGCACUGUCAGAGUGUUUCUGUGUUGGAUGCAGCACCUCCUUCUCGCUUUCGCUGCAGACAUUGUGGAAAGAGAUCCUCUGUUGAUCGCUCUAAUAAGAAGGCUUUUUUUUGCAUCUUUAUUGGAGCGGUUCUUGUUGUAUUUGUGAUGAUUCUCAUGAUAUCUACCAUGAUGCUAAAGCACAACUCAGGCUAUUGGUGGGCAUAUCUAUUGGGACUUGCCCUUGCAGUUCUCUUCAUUUUCUAUGGCCUUUGGCUGCUGUGCCUAAAGAAAAGCACCGUUGAAGUGCGAUAACAAGCAAGCCAGCAUCAGUGACCUAGAGUUGCUGCUCAAGGGAUACUAACUUGUGGCCUCCAUAAUUCCCUUCAGCUUCGUAACUGCUGCACUGCAGCAUCUUCAAGACGUUUAUAGUUGGUGUUAAAUGAGUGUAUGAAUAAAGUUCUGCAUUUGAUUGUA